AUGCCCGACUCGCAUGCAUUUAGGGCGGGCUCUCUUACGGGUUUCGCGACCGACUUCAUGAUGGGCGGUGUCUCCGCCGCCGUCUCGAAGACGGCUGCUGCCCCCAUUGAGCGUGUGAAGCUCCUCAUCCAGAACCAGGAUGAGAUGAUCAAGCAGGGCCGUCUCGCCUCCCCCUACAGGGGUAUCGGUGACUGCUUUGUCCGCACCUACCAGAGCGAGGGUCUCGCCUCCCUCUGGCGCGGUAACACUGCCAACGUCAUCCGUUACUUCCCUACCCAGGCUCUGAACUUCGCCUUCAAGGACUACUUCAAGUCGAUGUUCGCGGUGCCCAAGUCUGCUGCUUACAUCAAGAAGCUCGGUGCCAACCUUGCCUCGGGUGGUGCUGCUGGUGCCUCGUCGCUCCUCUUCGUCUACUCGCUCGACUACGCCCGUACCCGUCUCGCUAACGACGCCAAGUCGGCUGCCAAGGGCGGCGGUGAGCGCCAGUUCAACGGUCUCAUUGACGUGUACCGCAAGACCAUCGCCUCGGACGGUAUCGCCGGUCUCUACCGUGGUUUCAUUCCUUCGGUCGUUGGUAUCAUUGUGUACCGCGGUCUCUACUUCGGUCUCUACGACUCGCUCAAGCCCGUUGUCCUGCCCGGUGACCUCUCGAAGAACUUCCUUGCCUCGUUCCUGCUUGGUUGGGUUGUUACUACUUCGGCUGGUCUUGCCUCGUACCCGCUCGACACCAUCCGUCGCCGCAUGAUGAUGACCUCGGGUGGUAAGGUGCACUACAAGAACAUGUUCGACGCUGCCCGCUCGAUCGUGGCCACCGAGGGUACCAAGUCGCUCUUCAAGGGUGCCGGUGCCAACAUUCUCCGUGGUAUCGCCGCUGCCGGUACCAUCUCGGGCUACGACCACCUCCAGCAGGUCGUCUUCGGCAAGGUCUACAAGGGUGGCUCGGGAUAA